CUCGUACCGCUCAACAUGCUUCCUAACAAUAUCUGCUAAGUGGGGAAGUUAGGUUAGGAGUAAAUGCCAAAGAGUUGUUUGCUUGAAGGUCAAUUAUUAUUUGAACCACAACACGCAGUUCAUUCAUAUUAUACGCAACAGACGACGAAUGCAAUUUCGUCCAAUUACUCACAGAACUAAAAGCAAAAUAGAGCAGACCGUGUCCCGGAUCAACAUAUACCGCAUGUCAUAGUGGUGGUCAAUGAGCGAUGUAAGGGUGUUGUAAUGGAGGAGAAUAUGUACAUGGGAAAGUGUAUGCAAAUUAUUCGUGUGUAACAUUCUCAUAGACCUUUUACCAUAUUCAGAAUGUUAAAUUUAUUUCAUUCUUUAGCACUCGGAAUGUAAUUUCUCGAUGUAUAAUAAAAGCGCUGUCUAGUCUUAUGCUCAUGGUGAUAGUUCUGCAUGCCGUAAAGGACUAACCUAACCUUACUGCGUAAACAGCAGUUCAUAGUUGAAGCCGUUGAAGCUAUUGCACGAAUAAUACGAUUAAAAAGAGCAUAUGAAUAAUAAACGAGUAUUUAUAUUAAUCACAUAGUUAUUAAUUAAAAAUAGUCGUAUUAAUUUACUCCGGAAAUAUUUUGUUAUGAUGGGCAAUGAAGGGAGUAAAUUGUCAGGACUGGAAAUUGACGAAAGGAUUGUUGAGGUAACAGAUGGUUGGACACAACAUUCUGGAACUGUCUGUGCGGGUAGUAAUUCCAGCAUUUCAGUUUUUAUAAGUGAAGUUUUAGCAAGUAGUGGAGGAAGUGCAGUAAUUUUAGAACGGGCAGCAAAGAAUUUGAUUCUAUAUCGACAUCCGUGUAUCCUCAAGUUCAUAUCAUCAUGGAAAAAGAAUGGAAGAAUACAUCUUGCAACAGAAGAGGUGAAACCACUGGCAUCAGUUGUCACAAGUCUGACUCCUCUGCAGAUUUGUGUUGGUCUUCACAGCAUACUGAAAGCCCUUGUUUUCCUGCAUGACAAGGCUUUAGCCUCCCACAACAAUGUGUGCCGUGCUGCAAUUUAUGUUACUCCGGAUGGCUCGUGGAAACUGGGAGGAUUGGAGUAUCUAUGUCUGUUUACAGAUCUAACCCCAAGUUAUUUAGAAGAAACCAGAGCCAGACGUUAUGAGAAAGCCAUUCCACCUGAGGAGGAUUCCUACAAGUCAUCAAAUAAUGCCAUAUUACAUCCAACAUCAAUUGAUCAAUAUGGCUUUGGUGUACUUGUGGAAGAAGUGCUACACAAGAAAUCUAAUAGUGAUAUCCCAGCUGUUCAAGAAUUCCUUGAGAUUUCCAAGAAACAUCUUCAGAAUUCAGAGCCAUCAUUACGUCCUAAACUGGCAGUCCUACUGAACCACACUUUCUUUACACAUAAGUUCAUCAAAAUCCACAGUUUCUUAGUUGAACUGCCCCUCAAGACUGAAGCAGAGAAGAGUGAUUUCUUCAGAUCUUUAAUGGAUGAAUUAACUGGAUUCCCAGAGAAUUUGGUGGCCAUGCAAUUAGGAGCUCUUCUGCUGUCAAGGAUGGUUUUACUAGAUACCACUGCACAGGAGAUCCUGUUGCCAUGUGUCCUUCGUCCUAAGCUGGAAAAUGGAGGAAAUGUAGGUCUGUUCUCAUUGGCGACCUACAGGGAGUAUGUAGUACCAUGUUUACUGCAAAUGUUUUGUGUGCGUGAUGUGCAGAUCCGUCUCUUGCUACUUGCACAUUUUUCAUCAUACUGCAGUUCUUUCACUGAGGAACAGUUACGUACACUGGUGUUACCUGAGCUUUUGGUGGGGAUUAAAGAUACAAAUGAACAGUUGGUAAGUGUGACUCUUCGUGCCUUGGCUGAUGUGAUUCCUGUGCUUGGUGCUGCUGCUGUCAUUGGUGGGAAGCGAGCAAAGCUGUUUAGUGAUGGGCGUCCCAAGGCUCGCCAUCAUGUAUCGCACAAGAGUAAGACACCCAAGUCACCAAACCCAGUGCUACCAACUCCAGCACCAGUUGCAGUUACUGACAGUGACAGUAACUCAUUUGCUGCUGAUCUGCCGGAACGACCUUCACCUGAUGGUGGAGAGGAUCAUAUUCCUACCUCAGAUGAUGAAACAGAACCUUGGUCAGACUGGGAUGUUCCCGACAAUACUGUGGCUAGCUCUGUUGAUGGUGAUGCCCAUGAACCUUCAAUUUCCCAAGAUCAGGUCAAGGUUGAUACAGCACCAGUGGUGCAAGAACUGCCUGACAUCUCCCAGCUGGACAUCAAGAAUUCUGUCAGCAGUGUGAAGAGUCAUGAUGAGUUUGAUUUCUUUCAGGACAUGGAGCCAGUGAUUUCAAAAACACAUAUCUUGCAGAUUGUUGAAGAAGGGACAGAUGGUAGUGGUGCUAUUGAGAUAUCAAGUAAACAUUGUUUUGAUGUGAACUAUACUGUAGGUGAAAGUGAACCAGAAGGAUGGGGUGAAGAUCUUGAAGACUGGGGAGACAUGAGUGAAAAUAAUACAAUCAAUACAUAAUGUUCUGAUCAGUGUUACGUAGCUUCAUCACCAGACUGAUUAAAUUGGUCCAUAACCAGCUGAGAAUUGUCAGUUAGGUUAUGAAAUCUUGUGCAGUGUGAUAUUUUUAUUUGUUUUUCCAUUAUGCACAGUUAUGUUUGGAGUAUAUAAUAACGUAAAAAUCCGUUUCAGUUCCAUGGACAUUAUAAACCUUUGUCUUCCAGGAAUAGGGGAUUUAAAUCUAUGAUACUAUGGUACAGACAGCUGGGAGUUUAACUGCAUGUUGUAAACAAUGGAAUGCUAGGCCUACUGGCCCCCAACUUGCAGUCACAGUAAAGGACAAUAAAGGUUAAAGUGUAGAAAUUGCCAUAUUGGCUUGUCCAGUAUCAGGUUUAAAUCCCUCCUAGGUUAUGGAUUGUGUUUGCAUUUUCUAUAUUUAUUUGCUUAUUAAUCCUUUUUUUUUUUUUCACUUUUUCUUUCUUAAUGUAGCAUUCAUAAUCAUCAUGCCAUUUUUCAGCUGGCACACUGCUACACUAAGGGCACUUGCCUGAAACUGUUAACACAGAACAUCAAAGGACUCAAAUAUGCAGUAGAUCUGGUGACUGAGAGCUUUUUCAAACAAUUUGUCUUUCAAUACCUGCAGUUGUCUGUUAAUAACUUCACUGUACUCCCGGAUAUCGCAACUGGUGGCCUCUGUAAAUUUUGGGCCAGUAGCCACACCCCAAAUUGCUUUCCAGUUAUUGCUCUUCACCAUCUACACACUUUUUCAAGUAUUCACCCAUUUAUUUGGGAUAUUUAUGGAAGCCACUCUAUGUGGCUUCCUGCAAUGCAGUCUUUGAAGCCACUUGAACAUACUCUGUAUCACUGGUGGUCCUUCAUACUUGGAAAGAAGUAGUAAUUAUAUUGUGUGAGACUGAGGAAGUAUUGUGGGUAGGAACACACCACAGUAACUUGCUUGGUGAGUUGCAAAUGCUGUUCUAGAGCAUUGUUAAAAAGGAACACCCAGUCCUUGACUACCCACACUUUGGGACACUUCAGAUUACCUACCUCUUAUGGACAGAUGAGUGCCUCUGUCGUGAUUGUAGCACCAAUAGCAAUGCUCAGUGGUGCACAGUGGUCUUCCAGCUGAAAAACUGCAAGUUCCUACACUUGUUUUACGCUGUCCUUGUUUUGUGAAUUUGCUUGCUGUUUGCUGUCUGAGUUGUGUUCAGUCAGUUUACAGCUGCUUUUGAACCUGUGAUGCCACUCAAACACCCUAGACUGGGACAUCAUUCGUUUCACAUUUACCAUCCAAAUCAUGUGCAGCAUUUCCAUCUCCAAUGUUUUCAGUUUCUAGUGCCAUCUUAUGUAAGCCCAAUGCUUCAGUUUUCCACUUCAUAACCUUCCACACACACUUUGCUUUUCCACCACUGUGGCUUGAGUUUGAUCCCAGGUCAGCUCAUAUGGGCUUUGUGGUAGAGAAUGUGACAUUUGGUCAAGUUUUCUUUGAGUCCUUUGCUUUCCCCUACCAAUUCUCAUUCCACCACCUGCUCCACACUAGUCUCAUCCUUUCAUUAACAUUUGUGGUCAUGAUAGUGAUUGUGUCAUUAAUGAACCAUUUAAAAAGUAAAUAACUCUUUGUUCUCUUCCUGAACUUACCCUCUUACUGCUCUAAAGGGAACUGAACAAUCAGUUCCACUAACUCUGUAGGGGGUGGUCAUACAUUUUCAGAUAUGCACAACUCCACCUUACCAGCCAUAAAGUUACUUAAAUUGUUAUUAAGAUUAUCAGUCUUAAAUCUGAUAUGUGUGAAAUUGCUUAAUCACCAGACACGGAAUUUUUUAAGAAGCCAUCAAGUGUAACUUUUAGUUGUAUGAGAAACUGGUUUCUUUUUUUGAUCCUGAAAAAGUAGAUUCAAGAUAUGAUUUUGAUGCCAAGAUGCAAGUUAGUAUAGUGUACCAGUGUUCAGAAUGUGGUCAGCUAGGUUGUUGCAGUGUAUAGUCUUAUUUUUGGUUACCAACAUUUUGAAAGAACCUGGUGCCCUAAUAUUUAGGGUUGAAGUGAGUUGAGCUAUGAUAUGGAAUGGUUAUGCGUAGGCCAAGGUGCAAGAGCUGUUAAGCAGAGAAGCAACUGUAUUUUAGGAAGUGGCCUCCAAUUUACACCAGGAAUACUUUUAUACAUUUAUUUUUAACCCAGUGAGAUUUUGAUUAAAGGGAAAUGAUCUUGAUGGAUGGAUAGACUGCAUGUGUGGUCUAGUGGUCGGAGUUCCUGACUACAGACCCGGAGGUUCUCGGUUUUAUUCCCAGUGCUACCACAUUUUCUGAGAAGUAGUGGGUCUGGAACAGGGUCCACUCAGCCUCGUGAGGAUAAUUAAGGAGCUUUG